CGUUGCUGCUCACGUCCGGAAAUACACGAUUGUUGUUGCAAAACUUUCUCUACGGAGUCGAGAAUCAUUUUAUUUACAGAAAAAAGCGACAUUACCUGCUGUCCGCGGUCAGGAAAAAAAUACGCAGGGAAAUAUCGCAUCGAUUUAAUACAAUUCUACAUAAAAAUGAAUUGACGUCGUCUCGCUUGCUUCCUCCUCCUCCUCCUCCUCCUCCUUCUCUUCCUCCUCCUGGCUAAACUUCCUGGAAAGCAAAGUGAACACUUUUUCAGCAGUGUGAACACAGGAGAUCAGUAAUACCUGUAUCAUUAAGGAGAGAGAAACACAGAGGAAGCUGAAGGAGCUCCAGAAUGGCGUGAAGAAGUUACAGCAACAGGAAACGCUUCAUGGAUCUGGACUCGAACUUUACACUGGAACUAUUCAGAAGCUUCUGUUAUGUCACCUGGAUUAUUAUUAUUAUUCUUAGGAUUUUUUCCCAUUAGUUUAAUUCUAUUCUUGGUAACAGAGAGUUCAUCUAAUGGGUAAAUUGCCCUGAAAUGCGCUUUCAUGAUCCACAAGUGUUUCCAUUUCCACUCAUCGGCUCUUCUUCCUUGUGGAAAUGUCACUUUAUAUGAUCUCGAAUCAAAUUCAUAACGUUUCACGGACAAACUGAACAAUCCAAAACUUGUACAUAGAAUUUAAACAACAUUAAAAACUACAAAACAAACCAAUCAGCGUCACGAUGGCACUAUUCGGGCGCAAGAGUCGCCCCAAGUUGCUGUUGUUCUUCAUGUGUGUUUCAGUGUUCGGAUAUUUCUUAUUUCACAGAAGAUCCGAUGUGAGUCGUGCGAAUCGGAGAGAAGUUUUAUCUGAUCUAAACCCUGAGCUGGACAAUGAGCUCCUGCGCAGACCUGUGUAUGAGAAACCAGCUUUAGACGUGGAUGCGCUGGGCGAGUUGGGGAAAGCGGUCAGACUGGAGCUGACUGGAGAGGAGAAGAGAAAAGAAGAAGAAAGUCUCCAUAAACACCAGAUCAACAUUUAUGUUAGCGACAAGAUCUCCCUCCACCGCAGAUUAGACGAAAGAUGGAAUCCACUGUGCAAAAACCUGAAGUAUGACUACCGGAGUUUACCCACAACAUCAGUAGUGAUUGCCUUUUACAAUGAGGCCUGGUCUACUUUACUGCGCACGGUGCACAGUGUGCUGGAAACCUCACCUGACAUUUUACUAAACGAGGUCAUUCUUGUAGAUGAUUACAGUGACAGAGAGCAUUUGAAGGAGCCUCUGGAGAAGUACAUAGCUGAUCUGAGGAAAGUACGUCUGAUUCGAGCAAGGAAAAGAGAGGGGCUGGUCAGGGCUCGGCUCCUGGGUGCUUCCAUAGCCACAGGGGAUGUGCUGACUUUCCUUGAUUGUCACUGUGAGUGUCAUGAGGGCUGGCUGGAGCCCCUGCUACACAGAAUAAAGGAGGAACCUAGUGCUGUUGUCUGUCCUGUUAUAGAUGUGAUUGACUGGAACACGUUCCAGUAUCUGGGCAACUCAGGAGAGCCUCAGAUUGGUGGCUUUGAUUGGCGACUUGUUUUCACAUGGCACUCUGUUCCUGAAUAUGAGCAGAAACGCAGACGAUCGCCUACUGAUGUCAUCAGAUCUCCAACCAUGGCUGGAGGCCUGUUUGCAGUCAGCAAGAAAUACUUUCAGUAUCUGGGUACAUAUGACACAGGGAUGGAGGUGUGGGGAGGAGAGAACCUGGAGUUCUCAUUCAGAAUCUGGCAGUGUGGAGGGAGUUUAGAGGUUCAUCCAUGCUCCCAUGUCGGCCAUGUCUUCCCUAAAAAGGCUCCCUAUUCGCGGAGCAAGGCUCUGGCCAACAGCGUGCGAGCAGCAGAGGUCUGGAUGGAUGGCUACAAGGAUCUGUACUACCACCGCAACCCCCACGCUCGCCUGGAGGCCUUUGGCGAUGUGACAGAAAGGAAGAAGCUAAGGAUGCGUCUUGGCUGUAAGGACUUUAAAUGGUUCCUGGAGAAUGUCUAUCCAGACAUCCAUGUCCCAGAGGAUCGACCCGGCAUGUUUGGAAUGCUAAAGAAUCGAGGGAUGUCUGACUAUUGCUUUGACUACAAUCCACCCAGUGACCAUAACGUGGCGGGCAACAGGAUCAUUCUGUAUCAAUGCCAUGGCAUGGGCCAAAACCAAUUUUUUGAGCAUUCUUCAUACAACGAGAUCCGUUACAACACAAGGGAGCCCGCAGGCUGUGCCGUGGCCGAUCCCAUCUCUACCUUCCUCAGCAUUAAUUUAUGCCGAAAACCAGACCAACCCGUCCCUGAAGACCAGAAGUUUGUGUUCAGAGAGGAUGGGACUUUGUACCACGUCCAGACUCAGAAGUGUGUCGAGGCCAUUCAGAAGGUGGACAACAACAGUCCUGGUCCUGCUCUUCGUCCAUGCAGCGGCUCGACCCACCAGCAGUGGUUCUUUCAGGAGAGGACACGUAUUUAAUAGUGAAAUCUUACACCAUUUCCUGUAAAGCUCCAGAGCUUAAAAGUACAUCUGACCGAGGCUGAUUCAUGGAUUCUCUGCUGUACCAUCCUCUUCAUUUUGAUAUAAGGAAGUGAAGAUUCUUUCUUUUUAUUUAUAAUUUAAUGAAACACCAUUAAAACUGCGGCAGCUUUGAUGGAUUAGGAGCAAUGACUUAUUUCAGUAUGACGAUCACUGCCUAGUUUCAAGUGUUUUGGAUCUCUCAGUUUGAAGACCUUGAAUUGAUUUUUCUUCCUUCAGUGCAAUAGAUCUUACUUUUCCUCAAAUCAAAUACUCAUUGUUGCUAGCCAGUAUGCAUUCAAUAUGUUUAAAUAUUUUUUAAAACAAAUAUGGUGAUACAUUGAAGGAGCAGUGGUUAAGAUUGGUUUCAUUUUCAUGAUCUCCAUGUGGCUGUCUGGGUUUAGUUUGGGGCCAUCAGUUUCCUCACACCUCCUAAAAUCCUAAUAUUGAAUUGGUAAAUAUAUUAAAUAUGCCACUAGCUCUUAAUGAGUCUGUUAAUAUGUGUAUGUAAAACUGGUGGCUUGUUUAAGAUGCAUUUCUUCCUCAUACCCAGUGUAAUUAAGCUGGGCUUGUCUAGCUGAUCUAGGUCUAGCUAAUAGUGUGCCACAGAACUGGGAUCCUGCAGAACACAACAAAAAAUCAUGGGAAAAACAACGUCGGACAAAAGACCAUGCUUUGUACUGCAUUUGCUGUGCAUAUACCUUUGCCACAUGCUGGCAGAGCUGGCAUUUCUACCUCUGGGUUUUUGUAGUGUUUUCAGGGGAAUACCGAUUGCCUUCUGGGUCAUUUUUGGUCCAAAUACAGAUUAUAUGAAUAUUUUAUUAUUCAUACAAUAUAAUUAGAUGAAUGUUUGGACCAGUAAACUGAUAUAGAUACAGAUAACUCCUGGUUAUUAAAAAUGCACUAUGUGGGUACUGUAAACCAAUUUUAAAUCAUAUUGUCUAUCAUUUGCUUGUUUUUGGCAGCUAGGUCACUUGAUAAAAUUUUUUUGGGCUGGUUAGAGGGUUGAACAUCUGCAGUGGUGCAGGCUGAGGCAAUACUCAAUACAAACCACUUGAUGGUGCCAACUCCUCCAUUUUUCUUGUGUUGAUCUUCAGUGUUUGAGAGAACAUGGAAAACACAGAUCACAUGAAGCUGGUUUAAACAGAUUGCUAAAUUCAGAUUGAUAGCUUUAAUAGUAUCAAAGCAUUUACUGAUCUAAAUAUUACUGAUAUAAAUCCAAAAGCAAAUUUAAAAAACUAUACAUAUGGCUAAAUAUUUUUCUACUGAGUGAUCACUGUGCUAAUUCGAUGAUGGGUGUGAAGUAUAUGGAUUAAGUUUAGAUGCAUGUUAAUGAAUUAAGCAAUACGAGACCAUAUACGAUAUGAUCAGUAUAUGGUGAACAUUUAUUACUGUGGUUUACUGCUAUAUUAACAGAUGUUGUUCAUCAAACAGCCAUUUCUUUUCUUAUUUAUAGUUUUAUCGAAGUUGUGGGGCCUUAGCUGGUUAUAAAAUGAAUCAGUUGUUGAAACAUAGAAAGUUGAUUUAAUAUUUUGCUAAAGUUUAAUCAUGUGCCUAAUUUGGAUUAAAUGAAUGAGAUGCACACAUUAGGAGCUUGCAGAAUUAAACACCAGGAACUGUUUAUACAGACUGACCAGUGACCUUUGAGAUACUACACAGAUGUUCAUAAAACUUCCAGGGAUAAACAGGUAGUUGUCAGUUUGUUUAUCUGUGGAUUUUCACUGGAGCACUGAGAGACCUUGUGCUGUCAAUCAAAUCUCAGGACACUGCACAGGAUUCAGCAGACAGUGAGAAGAAAUCCGACCUGUUAUGGGACGCUUGUAAUGCUGAGAUGAACCCUUAUGAUCUGUUUGGGUUCACAUCAUGUUAUGAUCUGUUCAAAAUGAAAUUCGUUUAACGUUACAUUAACAAAUAUUACAUUGUUGUAUGAUUCAUUCAGUUGAAAUAUAUAAUGUAUUAAACAUGCCCACAAUGUCUGAUACUGAGGUAGCUAUUGAUUUAGCUACUAUCCAGUAUAGCUGGUUUUGUUAUGGGCUUUUGAUUUUA